UGCCGCGCAAAAUUUCAUGACAAAAGCAGCUUCAUCCUAAGUUUUGCGGAAUUUUAUAGCCGAUAUUUUCUUGAUGUCGAUACUUUUGAGGCUCGUUUAGGGCUCGUCCGCGGUCAUGCGUUGAGCACAACGCGCUGAGCAGAGAGAUCUUGGAGGAAGAAGAAGAAGAAGAAGAAGAAGAAGAAGAAAUUGAGGGGAGAAGGGGCGACAGCCCCUCGUUUCAUCAUGAUUGGUGUUGGGAAGGCCAAGCAGUACGCGAAUGUCCUGGACAAGCCCCUUAGCAAAGGCAAACAGGAGGUUAGCAUGAGCGCAUUUGCAUUUCUGUUUUCUGAGCUCGUACAGUACAACCAGACGCAAGUGGACAACAUUGCCGAGUUGGAAAGAAGACUAGAAGAUGCAGGCUAUGCUGUUGGAGCAAGAGCAUUGGAGCUUCUUUGCCAUAGGGAUAAGGGAAAUAGAAGGGAAACACGCUUGCUGGGGAUUUUAUCUUUUGUGCACAGUACAGUAUGGAAAGUGUUGUUCGGAAAGGUAGCUGACUCGCUUGAGAAAGGGACAGAACAUGAAGAUGAGUAUAUGAUCAGUGAGAAAGAACUUCUUGUCAAUCGGUUUAUCUCCAUUCCAAAGGAUAUGGGUGCAUUCAAUUGUGGGGCUUUUGUUGCUGGCAUUGUGAGGGGUGUUCUGGACAGUGCUGGUUUUCCUGCUGCAGUGUCAGCUCAUUUUGUGCCAGUGGAAGGCCAACAACGACCACGGACCACUCUCUUGAUAAAAUUUGCUGAAGAGGUUCUACAGAGGGAAGCGAGACUUGGCUGAUUCUUGUAGGUGUGCUUUGUGACUGUUCUUGCACUUUUGGUAUUGUAUCCUUCAGCAGCCAGAGGGUGCCUGUGAUCAAUUUUGAUAUCUGCGUCUUGGAAAACCUGCUGUGAAGUUAAUACAUGGUUAUUGCUGAUGUAGUUUACCUGUUUAUCCAUUAGAAAUAAACACAGUUUUUUUUUUUUUACCGUUGACAGGUUCAGAAGUUUGCUCUUAGUGAAAACAAUAAACUCGUUUCAGUUUAAGGUGGAAACAAUUUGGGCAACCUGCUUUUGUCAGUUGGGUAUAUUCAUUGAUGGGGUCUUUAAGGAUGAAUGAUACAUUAGACAAGUGAUGUUUCGUCAAGACCAUUUGUAAUCAAUGUUUUUUCUGCUGAAACCCAUUUUCUUCAUAUUUUUGAUAAUAUGCACUUAUGAUCUUUAUGAGAUAA